UAGGAAACUGGCAACGGAUCGGGGUACUGUGGAACACACUCUUCCAAAUAAUGGAGCUGAGACACCGGAGAUAGACUGAAGAAUCACAACUUCACCCAGUUCCUUUAAAGUGGCCUGAAAGAGAGUGGCCAUGGGUGACACAGAGCUGGAGCUGUCUCCCGCCCAGCUGGAGGACCUGCAGAAGAGCCCUUCCGUCUCCUCCUGCGCCUCCACCACAUCGUCCUUCUCUCUGCCCUCCUCGCCCUCCUCUGGCCAGAGGCCUCCCAGCAGCUCCAGCCCCAGUGCCAGUGAGGGACUCCCCGCCUCCAACCCUCCACUGGACGUGAUUUCGGAAGGUGUGGGCGAGCUCACCCUGGUCAUUGACCCGGAGGUGGCCAAGAGGGCUUGCCAGGAGGUCCUGCAAAAAGUCAAACAGCUGAAAGGUGAAGGCGAGGUCUCUGAGGCCGAAACGAAACAUGGGCUAGUGAAUGGGACUGCAGCGCAUGCCGACCCUGCUGAUAAAGAAGGGGGCGUGGCCCAGCCAGCGAAAAUCCACGAGGAGGAGGAAGAGUUGCACCCGGGCACGGUGAAGAGCGCCCGAAGGCGCCAGAAGAACAACUCAUCCAAGCAGUCGUGGCUGCUUCGGCUCUUCGAAUCCAAACUUUUCGACAUCUCCAUGGCGAUCUCUUACCUGUAUAACUCCAAAGAGCCGGGCGUUCAAGCCUACAUCGGAAACCGUCUCUUCAGCUUUCGCAACGAGGAUGUGGAUUUCUACCUCCCCCAGCUCCUGAACAUGUACAUCCACAUGGACGAAGACGUUGGCGACGCCAUCAAACCCUACGUGGUUCACCGAUGCCGCCAGAGCAUCAGUUUUUCCCUGCAGUGCGCCUGGCUUCUCGGGGCCUACUCCUCUGACAUGCACAUCUCCACGCAGCGCCACUCUCGCGGCACCAAGCUCCGCAAGGUCAUCUUGUCAGACGAGCUCAAACCGUCGAGCCAGCGCGCGAGGAGGGAGAUGCCCCAACCCCCGCCUCCGCCCCCUCCUGCCUGCCCCGUGCCCGCACACCUGUCCGAGCACGGCCUGUCGCCAUCCAAACGCACGCACCAGCGCUCCAAGUCGGACGCUACCGUCAGCAUCAGCCUCGGCAGCAACCUGAAGAGGACUGCGAGCAACCCAAAGGUGGAGAACAGUCAGGACGAGGAGCUGAGCUCCAGCUCGGACAGUCUCGAGUACGAGGCUGGCACACCGGUGCGUCUGACGCCCCAGAGAGAGUUCAUUAAAUCUCUGAUGGGUAUCGGGAAGAGACUGGCAACCCUGCCCACAAAGGAACAGAAAACCCAAAGGCUCAUCUCGGAGUUAUCGCUCCUCAACCACAAGCUGCCCGCCCGGGUCUGGCUGCCCACGGCCGCCUUCGACCACCACGUGGUCAGGGUCCCUCACACUCAGGCUGUGGUGCUCAACUCCAAGGAUAAGGCACCGUAUUUAAUCUAUGUGGAAGUUCUAGAGUGCGAAAACUUUGAGACCUCAAAUGUGCCAGUGCGGAUCCCCGAGACGCGUAUUCGUAGCACGCGCUCUGUAGAGAACCUUCCGGACUGUGGCAUCACGCUUGACCAGCGCGCCAGCAGCUUCUCCAUCGUCCCCAACUACGACAACGACGAUGAGGCCUGGUCCGUGGACGACAUCGGAGAACUUCAAGUGGAGCUCCCGGAGAUCCACACCAACAGCUGUGACAACAUCUCCCAGUUCUCAGUGGACAGUAUUACCAGCCAGGAGAGCAAAGAACCUGUCUUCAUCGCCGCUGGAGACAUCAGGCGACGUCUCUCAGAGCAGCUUGCUCACACCCCUACCACAUUUAAGAAGGAUCCGGAAGACCCUUCGGCAGUGGCUCUGAAGGAACCGUGGGAGGAGAAAGUGAGGCGGAUACGGGAGGGCUCCCCGUAUGGACACCUGCCUAACUGGCGUCUCCUCUCCGUCAUCGUCAAGUGUGGAGAUGACCUCCGACAAGAGCUCCUCGCCUUCCAAGUGCUGAAGCAACUGCAGUCGAUCUGGGAACAGGAAAGGGUUCCUCUGUGGAUAAAACCCUACAAAAUCCUGGUCAUCUCGUCGGACAGCGGAAUGAUCGAGCCGGUUGUGAACGCGGUGUCCAUUCAUCAGGUGAAGAAGCAGAGCCAGCUGUCUUUGCUGGACUACUUCCUACAGGAGCAUGGAAACUACACCACCGAAGCUUUCCUCACCGCCCAGCGCAACUUUGUCCGCAGCUGUGCCGGCUACUCUCUCAUCUGCUACCUUUUACAAGUCAAAGACAGGCACAAUGGGAACAUCCUGCUGGACGCUGAAGGACACAUCAUUCACAUCGACUUCGGUUUCAUCUUGUCCAGCUCUCCGAGAAACCUGGGCUUCGAGACGUCCGCCUUUAAACUGACCACUGAAUUUGUGGACGUCAUGGGUGGUCUGGAUGGAGACAUGUUCAACUAUUACAAGAUGCUCAUGCUACAGGGGCUGAUUGCCGCUCGUAAACACAUGGAGAAAGUCGUGCAAAUCGUGGAAAUCAUGCAGCAAGGAUCGCAUCUGCCUUGCUUCCACGGGUCGAGCACCAUCCGAAACCUGAAGGAGCGGUUUCAUAUGAGCCUGACGGAGGAGCAGCUGCAGGCAUUGGUGGAGCAGAUGGUGGACGGAUCCAUGCGCUCCAUCACCACCAAGCUGUACGAUGGCUUUCAGUACUUCACCAAUGGCAUCAUGUGAAUGGACAACCCCUCGCCCCCAACCCCCCCCCGACGCACGUACCGAUUUGGACUGGAAUAGGCUGUACCACUCGCAAAAGACCACUCCUCCCCUUCUCCACCUGUCUCCACCCCACCUCACACAUCCUGUGUGUUUGUAAACCCUUCCCCCUUCACCCCCAACCCCCCCAGACUGAUGUCUUUUCUCAUGGAUUUUAUACCCUGACUGAACAGGUCUUAGCUGUGAAGUGCGUUUUUUCUUCUGUUGUUGUUUUUUUUUUUUUUAUUCUUUUCUGUAUUUGGAACCUCUGCUCU